AUGCGUCCUCGGAGAAGAGGGAAGCGAGCUUCGUUGGACCGCCUGUCGUCGGUAACCUUCGAUGACAUGGGGAGCGUCGACAGUAAGGAGCUAGCGACCCAGACAUUCUUCGGCAAGAAGCAACAAGCACUUGCAAUUGUCCCACCCCAGAACCUUUCUCAUACAUCCUCGGUGACAUGGAAGAGCCAGGCAGUCAAAGACAAGGAGGAGUAUGAACGUGUCAAACAGCGCGUCCGCCACUUUGUCCCCGAACAUUUCAAGGCCAACGCGAAACUCGGUGGAAGGCCGUCGGAGAUCUUCCCACAGACCGUUGCCGAAUGGCUGAUCCACAAGAAGGAGAUACUUGCAUUGGCCGAGGCUGAGCAAAAGAAGAACUGCGAAAUGCUCAAGGCUCAAAUCGAAGCUCGCCCAAAGAUCGAAAAGUCCCAGCGUAAGAUCAAAUCCGUCUUUGGCGAGAGUGGCAAGAUUUUCAACGACGGACUCAGCCCAGUGUUGGGUUUCCCUACCAUUUGGUCAGCUGAAUACCUCGGACAAGUGGCCAGGUGGCCAAGCAAGGGGGAAAUGCAAUGGAACGGCGACAACAGGCAAAGCAUGCUCGCAAAGACAAAGUGUGGUCGCUUUCUGCCUCCCCCUCGCGCUCCUGCCGACCCUUCAGCCCCGUUCCGAGAGCCGGCCUUCUUGAGGCAGUUGCCAUUUGACGAAGCCGGCCCUAUCUUCUGCAUGGGUCCUCGACCUGACGAGAUUUAUGUCAACAAUGUCGACAUGGAUCAAGAUCCGCAGUUCGAGGCACUUGGCAACGUAUUUUUGGGAGCCAAGUUGAUGCAGGAAGUCGGCGAGUGGAGGCCGCCUCUCGUUCCAGAAUGGCAGUUGGCAACGACAGAAGGAGCUAUGGUGUUCUAUGAGGGAGACAGGUUUGUUGGAACUCCAGCUAUUGACGGUGAGAUGUGGUACGACGAAAGCAUGCAGGCUGAAAUGUGGCAGGAAUACCCUGUGUGGUGGUGA